GUCCGAUUACUGUAAUGCUGUGUGUAAUGGGUGUGUAGUGGGUGUAAUGGGAAAGUAUACAGAGGAGGUAGACGGAGUGGGAUGAAGUACCACGAAACUCACUAUAUUAGCUAUAAUACCCAGUAGGUAGGGUAUUGAUUUGGUGGUGAUGUGGUGUUGCUGCGGUGGUGGACGAGGCGGAUCGAAGAGCGGGGUACAUGGCUAUAUGCGGUGGGUAGUAUGGGAUCGCCAAGUAUAGUUUUCGGUUUUCCGACUGGCUCCGACCCUUCGAACAGGCGAAAAUCAAAGUGCCCGCGUGCUCAAAUGCCUCAUCGAGCACGUUUGCUGGAGUACCCCUUCCACCGUGCCACCGGCAAAUGGGUACUUUGUCUUGGCUGUGUCUUGGCUGUGUCUUGGCUGUGGUACAAGCACUUUGGGGCGCAGAGAGACAGUGGUACAUGCAACGGUACGCGAGGGGCCGCUAGUAAAAUGUUUCGAUCGCCGGAGCAAGAAUCUCUGCACUCACUGUUACCCUCAAACCAGCAGGAGCAACCCACUCUACCACCACUCACUCACUUAGUACCACUAAGGUGUGUUUGGUGACCAUUUCUUACUCGUACUACCCGCCAAUAUCACCCCAAUAACACUCCAAAAUCAACUAGCACUACUCCCCACUACACUCACACUACUCACACUACUCACACUAUUUCCAUCGUACACGCGCUCUACCCGUUUCAGUCCACUUCAGUCCACUAUAGGCGACCCCGAAAGAAAAAAAAGAAACCCUCCCACGAGGAAAUAGUUCCCACACAUGUCCACUAUGCCACUAAUCCUCUCCAUUCCGCCACUCACACGGCGAGAGCGACAGUCGUGCACCUCACCUCCUACCCCCACUCGCUCCAGGGCCCAUCCCAGUCCAUUCCCCGUCUCUUCCCAUCAUCAUAUAAUAAUCCCCUCCCCCCAUCGCUGUAUCACCGUCCUCCUCUCUUCUUUCUCCCUUCCUCUCCAUCAACACGCCCCCGGCCCAUCUCUCUUCUCGCCGCACUUCUCAGCGCAGCGCAGAGCUAGACGUUCUCAACAUGUCGAACGACGACGGCCUCUACCACCCCCGCGUCCAUGACCCGGCCGCGGGCACCAUCCCGGUCCCCCAUGGCCCGGAUACUGGCACCGACCAUGCCACCCUCCCAUACGACCGCAAUGCCGCCAACGAGAAGGCCAUCUUCGACUACCUCAUCAAGCCGGAUGACAGCUACAACUCCGACGGUGUGUACUGGGCCGAUCUGCCGUGGAUGAAGCGCGCCGCGUUCGUCAGCGCCGUCGAUGCCGCCGAGGCCAGGAAGGAGCUCGGUGCCAUUGGCACCAUGAUGAAGGCCGAUCCGUUGAGCCCCAUUGGCUGGUACUUCCGCAACGCGGUCCUGCCAGGUGCCGGUCUGGGUCUCGAGGGUUACGUGCUCUUCUCCAUUGGUAACUUGACCCCGCUGUUCCAGGCCGCCUGGGGUUCGUGCUGGAAGAAGUACCAGGUCUGCAGCGAGAACUGGAUCGCCGCUGUCACGUACAUGGAGAUUCUCGGUAUCAUCGUUGGCCAGGUUCUUGUCGGUGUGUUGGGUGAUUGGUUCGGUCGCAGAUGGGGUCUCAUCCAGGAUGCGCUGAUCAUGUUUGGCGGUCUGCUCAUGCUCACGGCCUCGUGGGGUCUCGAUCUCCAGGGCUGGGUCAUCUGCUACGCCAUCUCGCUCUUCUUCUACGGUAUCGGUGUUGGUGGUGAGUACCCGAUGACGGCCACCGCCGCCAUGGAGAACGCCACCGGAGCCGGCAGGGUGUCGACCAAGGAGGAUCGUCUCCACCGUGGUCGCAAGGUCACCAUGGCCUUCCUCAUGCAGGGCUGGGGUCAAUUCUGGAACCAGGUCGUCCUCAUCAUCCUCAUGCUCAUCUUCAACCACAGCGGCAACCCGCCGUACUCGGUCGCCAUGGCCCAGUGGACCUUCCGCGUCUCCUUCGCCCUCCCCGCCCUCGGCACGUUGUGGCUCGUCUACUACCGUACCUACAAGAUGCCGCUUGCCAGCAAGCAGCUCAACAUGGCCAAGAAGAAGAUCAACGUGACCGGCUACGACACCAAGUCGCUCGGCCUGACCUUCACCUACUUCGGUGGCCGCCUGCUCGCCACCACCGGAACCUGGUUCUGCAACGACGUCUUCUUCUACGGUAACAAGCUGUUCCAAUCGCAGUUCAUCAGCGUCCUCUCCCCCCACGGAGCCACCAUCAUGACCGGCUGGACAUGGAACUUGGUCAACGUCGUCGUCUCGCUCGCCGGAUACUACUGCGCCUGCUUCCUCAUCGACAACAAGCUGUUCGGCCGCAAGAACAUGAUGCAGCUGGGCUUCCUCAUGGACUUCAUCCUGUUUGUCGUCCCCGCCUUCCACUACAAGUACUACACCUCCAUCCAGGGUGUCACCGCCUUCCAGGCCAUGUACUUCUUGUCGUCCUUCUUCAACCAGUUCGGUCCCAACUCGGUCACCUUCCUCAUCGCCGCCGAGGUCUUCCCCACGCCCGUCCGCGCGACCGCCCACGGUCUCUCCGCCGCCGUCGGCAAGCUCGGUGCCCUCCUCGCCUCCGUCCUGUACAACUACAUCGACACCCAGAUGAAGUUCUACGUCGUGCCAUGGUUUGGUCUGGCCGGCAUGCUCCUCACCCUCCUCUUCCUCCCAGACACCACCGGCCUCGACCUCAAGGAGCAGGAGCGCCGCUGGAAGUACAUCCGCAGCGGACGCGAGUCCGAGUACCACGGUGUCGCCGUCCACCCCAAGCAUCUCUCGCUCUGGGAGCGUCUCCGUGGCGCCGGCAAGUACUACGACCCGGAGCUCGACUACGCCUCCAAGAUUGAGGACAUGCGCGAGGACUGGAGCGAGAAGCAGGAGGCUCGUCGCCAGGCUGAGGUGAACGGCGGCGUCUUCGAUACCGAGGACGAUUACAGCCAGCACAUCCACGACCACUUCACCGCCACCACCCAGCCGGAUAAGAUCGUGGCCUCGUCGGCGGCGUCGGAUGAGGAUGCGCUGAGGGCUGGCGAGAAGCGCGCAUUGUAGAUAGAUAGCCACGGGCGCAUUUUGUUUUGUAUACCUUUUGGAUUAAUGGCGCGCGCGCUUUUACUUAGCGCGCGAGCGAGCGUGAAAGAGCGCUGUUAGAGUUUUGCAUAGGAGUAGUAAGUAGGAGAUUAAAUACCAUAUACUUCACGUU